GUCGGGUCGGCACGGGCACGGCAGGAGGACGAAGAAGAAAAGGAGUAGCGACCGAAAGAAAGAAAACCAAAAGAGAGUAUUGAAGCAGCGAGCGGCGAGGCGAGCGAGUCCCGGCAAUGGCGAUGGCGCAGCCCGGGCCGCAGCAACGGCGGCUCGGCCUUGGCGCCCUCCCCCUCGCGGCGGUGCUUCUCCUCCUGCUCUCCCUCUGCCUCCUCGCUCGCGCCGGCGCCGCCGUCGCCGCUACGGUCUCGGCUGAAGCCAAUCUCGAACGGAAAGAGGGAGCGAUGAUGGCGACUGCACCUGAGGAGGAGGACGCCGUGGUAGGACAGGAGGCCGCGGCGGAGGGUGACCGGCCGGAGAGGAUGGAGAUGGAGACCAUCGACGACUACGUCCCGUUCGGCGCCAACAACCGGCACAACCCGCAUCCAUGAUCACAUGCCGAAUCUUUAGUACUGCUUCUGCUUGCCUUUUAGCCUACACGGUUAGUUGUUUGAUCGAUGCGAGAUCAUCCUGUACCUGUAACUGUGUUAAUCUGUAGUCAUGCAAUUGUACUUCACCUAGGAUGUCUGCUUCUCGUUUUCGUAUUAGAAAGAGAGAUCGAGACAAGCAUCUCCAGUUUUGUCCGAUCGAGUUCAUGCAGCUCUGCAAGCUCUUGAAAUGGAGGCAGCACACAUUUGUCAACUCACAGGGAGAGCUCGGUUUUAGCGGUGAAAGGUUGUGCUGUCGACCCUAAAUUUCACGUAACGGAAUGCUGAAAAGCAACCAUGUGGACAGGACGCAGCAAUAACUAAGAACUGCACCUGAGAGAUCUCUACUCACCAACACGAUCAAAUCCGGCACGAUAUAUGUCG